GGGCUGCCUGGGGGCUGAGCAGGUGGGGCAGUUCUGCUGCAGAAGCCCCUGCCACCAAAACAGAAAACGACUCCUUCCUCCGGUGGUUGCUGCUUCUCAUCCCAGUGACUGCCUUUGGCCUGGGGACAUGGCAGGUCCAGCGCCGGAAGUGGAAGUUGAAACUGAUUGCAGACUUGGAGGCAAGAGUUAUGGCCGAGCCCAUCCCUCUACCCGCUGACCCAAUGGAACUGAAGAACCUGGAAUACAGACCUGUGCGGGUCAAGGGGCACUUUGACCACUCCAAGGAGCUGUACAUGAUGCCCCGGACUAUGGUGGACCCUGUCCGUGAGGCCCGAGAGGCAGGCCGGAUCACCUCCUCAUCAGAGAGCGGGGCCUACGUGAUCACCCCUUUCCACUGCACUGAGCUGGGGACCACCAUCCUGGUAAAUAGAGGGUUUGUCCCCAGGAAGAAGGUGAAUCCUGAUACCCGGCAGAAAGGCCAGAUUGAGGGAGAAGUGGACCUGGUUGGGAUGGUCCGGCUUACAGAAACCAGGAAGCCCUUUGUCCCUGAGAACGAUGCAGAAAGGAACCGCUGGCACUACCGGGACCUAGAGGCCAUGGCCAGGAUCACAGGCACAGACCCCAUUUUCAUCGAUGCAGACUUCAAGAGCACUGUCCCUGGAGGGCCCGUUGGAGGACAGACCAGAGUCACCCUGAGGAAUGAGCAUAUGCAGUACAUCAUCACUUGGUAUGGACUCUGUGCAGCCACGUCAUACCUGUGGUUCAAGAAGUUCCUGCGUAGGACACCUGCUGCAUGACAUCAGUGGACAGUGCUGUCCUUGAGCAGUCAGUCACCAGACAAGUGGUCUCACACUAGAUCAUGAACUGGUUUAAACUCCUGAGGCUGGUAGGUGGCUUAGUGGUUGCCCGAGGCAUUGGACUCCCACAUGGCUGAUGGUUAGUGUCCUGAACUCAGCAGCUGCCCAAGUCCUAAGAGGAUGGAGGACAGCAUCAUGGUCAUCCCUACAGGAGCGAUUUAUUGCCAUCUCUGAUGAACUCAUGCCACACAGCAAAAAUCAAAGAAUCCAGAUAAAUAAAACAUAUAGCUUAAAGUGA